AUGACGGAUUCAAAAGCCCCCGAUGUGUCCACUGACGCGCCAGAAGUAGCGAUAAACCACGAUGUAGCAGUCAAAGUACGCCAGAAAACGAAUGGUAUCGUUGCUCGUGGCGACGUCGUGCACCUCCGAGAUGACCCUGAAGCGAAAGCUGCGUUUCUCGCUACCUUCACAGCGGAAGACGAGAAGCGAAUCAUGCGAAAGGUCGACAUGCGCUUCGUUUUCCUUGCUGGAGUUAUGUAUCUCAUUAAGCAAAUUGAUCAGAACAACGCAACAAACGUCAAAGUCUUACACGUCGGCCAGCCUUCCAACAUCAUGAUCGAGCUAGGCAUGACAUCCAAUCAAUACAACUGGGUCGGCUCGAUUUAUGGCAUUGCUUACAUCAUUUUCGAAGCGCCCAGCAAUCUGUUGCUGAAGAAGCUUGCCCCGCACAAUUGGCAAGCCCGCAUCUUUCUGACCUGGGGUAUCAUCACAGCAUGCCACGCCGCGGCUAAGAAUAGACAUGAUCUGUAUGCCAUGAGAUUCCUGCUCGGCAUGUUCGAGGCUGGCAUGUUCCCAGGAUUGCUCGCGCAGUUCCAAGCCUGGUACCGUCCUGACGAGAUGGGCCGAGUGAUCGCGUACUUCUUUUGCUGGAGUGCGGUGUCUGGUAUGUGCUCUGCUCUCUUGGCAUAUGGUAUAUCGUACAUGGAUGGCGUUGGGAGUUUAAGUGCAUGGCGAUGGGUCUACAUUCUCGAAGGCAUAGCGACAGUAUUGUUCAGUGGUGUGGUUUGGGCGUAUCUGCCCGACUUCCCUAAGAGCGAGAGAAGCAACAGGUGGUUCACAGAAAGAGAGCAGGAGUUCAUUGAGACGAGGUUACCUGAGAACGCGCCAAUGACUAGUGAUCCGGACUUCUCUAGUAAGGAAAUCAAGGGGGUGCUGAGUGAGUGGUUGAUUUGGAGCUUUAUGCUCAGCCAGACGCUUGUCAAUCUUGGUGGUUACGCCUUGACUUGGUAUCUCCCUAGUGUCAUCACCAACCUGGGAUUUGUCGGUCUUCCCCGCAACCAGCUCUUAUUACUCCCGCCCUUCGCUGCUGCCGCGUGCGGUCUCCUGUUCAGUGCGUGGUUCAUGGAACGCGCCUGGAUCGUUCGCCCGGCCUACAUUAUGUUCAUCCUCUCCGGAAUGGUCGUUUGUUUCGUUCUCUUCUUCACCAUCUCAGACCGCACUGGCAUCUAUAUCGCCUGCGUACUUGGCAACCUCUUCUACCAAUCAUAUUUCAGCCCGUUCUGGGCCUGGCGUUCUGCUACACUCGUUGGUUCAACGGGAACGGCUUUUACGCUGGGUUUGCAGUCUGGUAUCGCGCAGCUUGGUGGUGUUGUUGGACCGCAGCUGUUCCAAAGCAAGUGGGCGUACAAUGGAUAUAAGACGAGUUUCGCCAUUGCCGCAGCUUUCACGACUGCAGGGUGGGCGAGCAACCUGUGGACUUGGUGGCUGACCAGAAAUACCGAGUAUGAUGUCAUGCGGGUGAGGCGAUUGGCAAAUAAGGCAAAGAAAGAGGGGAGAGUCAAUGCAGAAGAUAUUAAGAUAUUCGAAGAGAGGGUGUUCUAUAGCAAGGGCUUGAGGCGGGCGAAGGGUUCUGAACGCGACAGUGGCAGAGAAGUGUGA